GAUACAAUCUAUUCUUAAAAUAUAACUAUCAAUCAUUUAAGGUGAAAAUAAAAAAAAAAAAUAGGUACAUAUGUUUUAUUUUCACAUGUAUAACGUCAAUAGUUAACUAUGACAAACAUAAAUUUAUAAAAUUAAUAUUACUUUGUUAUAAUUUGUGUUAUCGAAUUAAAAAUGUCUCUUUAUUAUUGUGUAUAAACAAUUACAUGUGCUGAGCAUUGCUUCGAAAACACGUUUAUACCAAUUAUUGUAAUCGAAACGUGUAAAAUCCUUACCUUAUUUUGUAGCAUUAUAGAACGUUAGUACAAUUAUCACGAAACGAUCAUCUGUGCACAUUAUUAAGGGAUAAUUCAAAAGAAAUUCUCACAAAUUUUGACAUUAACAGCCAUGUUUGUUUACCACGCGUUCGUUGCUAACAAGCUGGAAACCGGCGGUCAUGUGACCGUAUCACGUGACUAUAGACUCGAUUGUGGGACGCGUAGUUACGAAGGGUUCAUGGGGUAGCUACGAAUUUCUUUUUAGAUUUAAUUUUUUUUAAAACUUCGUGAUUAAAUAAACUGUGAUACUUAAUCCAACAUGGCCUUAAUGCCAAAGGAAUCUGCGAAAGUAAUAGCAAGACUAUCCAAGAAUGUUUUCAUCGAAGAAGAAGGCGUGAAAAAUCUCGCCUGUGCGAUUUUAGAAGGUCUUAAGAAUCGUGAAGUAAGUGUGAAUAAUUUUUCUCAACAUGAAUUUCAUCCUUCUUCUAAUGAUCCAAGAGCUGUCGAUUGGAUAUUUGUCUUGGAUACAUUAAAUUAUUCUUUUUGGAGUAAGAAGGAUUCACCGAAGUGGACUGUUCACGGUCAGACUGGAUAUUUUGCAUUAUGUGCAGCUGUUAAGAGGGCUAUAAAUGAAGGGAAACCUAUAGUCGAUCCAAAGUAUUACUCUCAGAUAACAAGAUGCGAGGCCGAACAAAUUUUUCGGGGUGAUAAUCAAACUAGUAUUCCACUAUUAGACGAAAGAGUUAAGUCCUUGCGAGAGGCUGGAAAAAUUUUGUUAGAAAAAUAUCAAGGUACAUUUGUGGAAUGUAUCAAGUCGUGUUCAGGCUCAGCCGAGCAGCUACUCAAACGCAUUGUGAACGAAUUCGAGUCGUAUCAAGACGAGGCUGACUAUGAAGGCCAUAGAGUAAGCUUUUACAAAAGGGCUCAGAUACUGGUGGGUGAUAUUUGGGCUUGCUUCAAAGGUGAAGGAAUUGGUAAAUUCCACGACGUAGAUUACAUCACGAUGUUUGCUGAUUAUCGCGUACCCCAAGUCCUGGUACACUUUGGUGCAAUUCGGUACAGUAAUCCACUUCUUAGCAGACUACAGCGUGAUGUAGAAUUAGAAAAUGGUAGCGACGAUGAGAUUGAAAUUCGUGGAUGCUCGAUAGAGGCAGUCGAACGGGUUAGAGACGAAAUUUGGUCUCUUAUCGAACGUUACCCGAAUUUGGGAUUACAAAAAUCAGACAUUAACGCUAUACUCAUAGAUCAUUUUCUAUGGGACUAUAGACGGAUACACGCGGCUCAGUUAGAAAGCAUACCGUUUCAUAAAACCAGAUGCAUAUAUUACUGAGCUUGGUAUCGUCUUUCUCUUGGAACCAAUAUUUUCAAAGUUCGCUAAGGAAACUUUGAGAAUAGCUCAAAAGGAAUUGUAAACAUUUGCAGAGAUUAGUUUCUCGGGUGUAAUGAUUUUCUUUUUAUACACCACGAUCUAUACUGUGAUCAUGUAUUAUAAUUAUUUGAACGACGGAGAACUAUUUUUAUCGUUGAAUAAUAUCCAUAGAAUUAGUCACUUUAAAAGUACUCAUGUAUGUGCAAAUGUUUGAAUAAAACGUUGAGCAUUUUUAUGAAUAA